AUGUUGGUGUUGCUUGGUGAAGUAGGUGGCGUUGAAGAAUACCGUGUGAUCGAGGCUGUCAAGUCUGGACAGAUCAAGAAGCCGAUCGUUGCAUGGGCCAUUGGAACCUGUGCCAAGAUGUUCACCACCGAGGUUCAAUUCGGGCAUGCGGGUUCGAUGGCCAACUCGGACUUGGAAACCGCCGAUGCCAAGAACAAGGCUAUGCGCGCUGCCGGUUUCAUCGUUCCGGACACAUUUGAAGAUCUUCCGGCGGCAUUGAAAAAAGUCUACACGGGUCUUGUCAAGGACGGCACCAUCAAGCCCAGCCCAGAGAGGGAUCCUCCAAACAUUCCUGUUGAUUAUAAGUGGGCGCAAGAGUUGGGAAUGGUCCGAAAACCCGCUGCAUUCAUCUCAACGAUUUCUGACGAGCGGGGCGCUGAGCUGUUAUAUGCUGGCAUGCCCAUCACUGAUGUUUUCAAGGAGGAGAUCGGUGUAGGAGGAGUCAUUUCAUUGCUCUGGUUCAAACGACGGUUGCCACCCUAUGCUUGCAAGUUCCUCGAGAUGUGCUUGCAACUCACCGCCGAUCAUGGACCGGCUGUAUCUGGAGCAAUGACGACCGUCAUUACCACACGUGCCGGCAAGGACUUGGUGAGCUCGCUGGUCGCCGGUUUAUUGACCAUUGGAGACCGAUUUGGUGGGGCCUUGGAUGGAGCUGCACGUGAAUUUUCCCGUGCCAAGGAUACCGGACUGACCCCACGAGAAUUCGUCGACUCGAUGCGACGAGCCAACAAAUUGAUUCCAGGGAUCGGCCACAAGAUCAAGUCGAAAGCCAAUCCAGACAUGCGAGUCGAAUUGGUCAAAGAUUUCGCCAAGAAGAACUUUCCCAGUGUCGAGAUGCUGGAUUAUGCUUUGGCAGUUGAAGAUGUGACGAGUUCGAAGAAAGACACCCUGAUCUUGAAUGUGGAUGGUUGUAUUGCUGUUUGCUUCUGUGAUCUGUUAAGGAAUUCGGGUGCUUUCAGCAGUGAGGAAGCUGAUGAAUACAUGCAGAUCGGUACCCUGAAUGCAUUAUUUGUCCUUGGCCGAAGUAUCGGAUUUAUCGGUCACCAUAUUGAUCAAAAGCGAUUGAAACAAGGCUUGUACCGAGCCGAGCAAAGCGACAUCUUCAUUGAGAUGGGCAACACUGGGAUCUCUGAUCGAGUGGUCGUCCGUCCCAGUUGA